AGCAGAUCAAGGACCAGUUGGAGCGCCUCAUACGCAGACUGAAUAUCGGUAUGCAGAGUAACAUACUUGGAGUAGCAUCGGCAAUUCAGGAGCAUCAACUUUCUGAAGCAGAAGAAAAUGCGCUGAAGCGCCUAUGGCCUCCCGAAAAUAGCGCGUUUGAUCCAUCACACGCCUGUCUUCCAGGAACGAGGAGUGCCGUACUACAAGACAUCGAGAAAUGGAUACGUUCAGCAGCUCAUUCCCAACAAAUUUUCUGGAUCCACGGAGUCGCGGGAUGCGGGAAAAGCUCCGUCGCAGCGUCAGUGGCGAAGGUUCUGAAGGAGCAGCAGAUUCUGUCCGGCUCGUUCUUCUGCAAGCGAGACAUUCCUGAACGAAGAAGCUCCAGUCGACUGGUCAGUUCAUUGGCGUACUUUCUGGCAAGGAGGGUACCAGCGUACAGGAACGCUCUUAUUCGAAUCCUGAAGGAUGACCCUGUCAUCCUUGACCAGCCUCUCUUGUCUCAAUUCGACACGCUAUUGGCAAAGCCUCUUUCAGAUAUAUCUCAAAAUAUGGGCUCAGGACUGACAUUCGUCGUCGUUGUCGAUGCUCUGGAUGAGUGUGAAAAUGGUGAUGCUGUAGCAUCGUAUCUUGUCAAAAUGGUGAAAAUUACCUCCUGGAUCAGGCUCAUUGUUACUAGCCGACCAAGUCCACGCAUUAUGGGAAUUAUGAAGCGAAACGAGGAGCUCGUUCAGCAGUGCGACUUGUUUGAGGCGACGACAAGCGAGGACAUCCGUCACUUCAUUUUAGCGCAAUUCAGGCUAAAUCCAGAGCUUCCCGAAGUCCGGCCAACUCAGGUCGACGCUCUAGUACUAAGAGCUUCAGGACAUUUUAUAUGGAUUGCUACCGUCCUUAAGCAUGUCAGUAUCGUGUUUCUUGGAAAGGACAAAUUAUUGCAGCAAAUAAUCGACUCAGAUCCGUGCGCGUCCACUUCUGAAGGCAAUCUCGACGCAGUGUACCUUCGGGUUCUUGAAGAUACCUCGCAGGGUUCUACGGAUCGAGAACAUGUAAUCAGAGUUGUCCUCGGCCUUAUCCUCGUCAUUUCGAGAAAUCGGCCACUUCCUUCCGAAGCAAUACACGCCUUUCUCCCGCCUGCCCUUGGUGCGGGACAAAAAGAGUUAGAUACUUUCUUCGAGCAUCUAGGUUCGGUGUUAUACAAAGACUCGCAAACAGUCGCGAUCCGUGCUUGCCAUCCAUCAUUCCUGGAUUUCGUUGGGAGUAAGAAUAGGUCUGGCCGUUUCUGGAUGGCGGCGGCGGAACUGGACGGCAUCAUGGCGAGGAGGUGCUUGGAAAUUAUGUUGAAUGGACUCCGCUUCAACAUUUGCAAUUUGGAAACGUCAUACCUCCCCAACAGCGAGGUAGUAGAUCUCCCGAAGCGCGUGAAUGAAUACAUCCCUCGACAGCUUCAAUACAGCUGUUCAUACUGGUUGAACCAUAUGGCCGAAGCACGCACUAGCGGAGAACCUCUGUGGCAAUUGUUGCGUAAUCUCUUCUGCCAGAGGACGUCGCUGUAUUGGUUAGAAGCAUUGAGUCUUAUGGGUGCACUUAGAGAAGCGAUAUUCAUACUGCGGAAGGCUCCUGUUGCUCUCAAGCAUCUAAACGCGGAUGACCAACUCCAGAAUACUGCUUCGGAUCUGUAUCGUUUUGUAAAGACAUUCUACCAACCUAUGGCCGUCAGUACACCGCACGUAUACAUUUCGGCCUUGUUAUGGUUGCCGUCGGAGACUAUCAUCGGAAAGAUGUUGUCCGCAGACUUUGAUAGUCAGAACUGCGUGAUAAGAGGAAUUGAAAGACACUGGCCAAGUGGAUCGAAAAUAGUUCGGAGUUUCUCUGUUGUGUGCUCCGUUGCUUAUUCCCCAGAUGGAAGGCAUGUCAUCUCUGGGUCUGAGGAUGGAAAUAUACUGGUCUGGGAUGCUGAGACCUGUGCCCCCGUUGGUGCAUACAUGCGUGGUCACGGCGGCAAGGUCAAUUGCUUGGUGUACUCGCCAGACGGUCGGUGUAUUACGUCUGGGUCUAGCGACGGCACCGUCCGCAUUUGGGACGCCCAAGGCGGAGAAGUUAUUGGUGAACCCUUGCGCGGUCAUGAUAAUAAGGUCAAUUGUGUAGCGUACUCGCCAGACGGACGACAUAUUGUCUCUGGGUCUGACGACAAAACAGUCCGUAUCUGGGAUGCUCAGAGUGGUGACACUAUUGGUGAACCCUUGCAUGGUCACCGGGACUCCGUCAAUUGCAUAGCAUAUUCUCCAGAUGGACAUCAUAUUGCUUCUGGAUCUUCCGACCAAACUAUUCGCAUCUGGUGCGCUCCGUCUGGUGACACCAUAAAUAGAAUAUUGCACGGCCAUGUACACGCUGUCUCCUGUGUAGUGUACUCUCCAGAUGGACAGCACAUCGUCUCUGGGUCUGUAGACCAAACACUACGUAUCUGGGACGUUCAAUCCGGUGGCUCCGUCGGAGGUCCCUUGCAUGGACGACGCAUUCUCUCCGGAUCUGGUGACGAAUCAAUCCGCCUCUGGGAUGCUCAGAGUGGUGACCCAGUUAUUACGAUUACGCUGGGACGCACGCACAGUGUAAGUUGCGUGGCGUACUCUCUGGACGGACAACAUAUUGUCUCAUCCUUCGAUAAAACAAUUCGGAUCUGGGAGGCUAAGAACGGUGAACCUAUUGACGAGCCCAUGUAUAGUCAUGAGCCCUCUGUCCACUGUGUAGCAUACUCUCCGGACGGUCGGCACAUCUUGUCCGGAUCUGGUGACGGAACCAUUAGCACCUGGGAUGCGAAGAACGGCGAUCUCUUUGGUAGGGCCGUGCGUGGUCAUGGCAGUAAGGUCAAUUGUGCAGCAUACUCACUAGACGGACAGCGAAUUGUCACUGGGUCUGAUGAUGAGACAAUUCGCAUCUGGGAUGCUCAGAGUAGCGACUCCGUUGGUGAUCCUCUACGUGGUCAUCGGAGCUCCGUUAAUUGCGUGGCAUAUUCUCCGGACGGACAACAUAUUGUUUCUGGGUCUGCAGACCAAACGAUCCGCAUCUGGGAUGUUCAUCGCGGGCGCUUCGUUGGUGGACCUCUACGCGGCCAUGAAGGCUCGAUCACUAGUGUAGCCUAUUCUGCGGAUGGAUGGAGCAUCAUCUCUGGGUCGGCCGAUCGAACAAUCCGCAUAUGGGACGUUCAUUCCGGCGAUCCUAUUGGAGAGCCCAUCCGUGGCCACGAAGGCUCGGUCAACUGUGUAGUAUAUUCACCGGAUGGACGACGUGUUGUCUCCGGGUCUGCCGACCGAACAAUCCGCAUCUGGGAUGCCAGGAGCGGUGCACCCGUCGGUGAACCCCUAUGUGGGCAUUCUCUGUCCGUUAAUUGUGUAGCGUAUUCCCCAGACGGGCGAUACAUCGUCUCCGGGUCCAGCGACAAUACUGUUCGUAUAUGGGAAGCCCAGAGUGGUGACCCCGUUGGUGACCCUCUGCCAGGCCCACCAUGCCCGGUCAACUGUAUAGCAUAUUCCCGGGAUGGUCAUUACUUUACCUCUGGAUCUGACGACGGAACGAUCUGCGUCUGGAACGUCCGGGACGUUUUGGAGUGUACUCCAACUGCCAAUUUCCGUGAGCCCAGAGCCAAUCGACGCGGAUUCUCCAAGGACGGCGAGUUUAUCGACUCCAAUUCUGUGGAUGAGAAUAUUUUCCAACUACUUCUACCAGUUCCACCAUGUAUCAUGGACGAUGGAUGGAUUCGCACGCCGGAGGGCGGGCUAGUGCUGUGGGUUCCCUACAGGUACUGGGAGAACAUAUGCGAUAGGCGUCUACUGUGCAUUCCACACAAUGUCCCACAGCCUGUACGGAUUAAUUGGCAGAGAUUGUGCCACGGGAAUACAUGGACUGAUGUAAUGAAGCGCAAAUAAGCGAGACUGC